AUGACAGUAAUAAAGCAGGUCAAAGGUUAGAUGCCUGAAAAAGGGGCACAUUUAUUUCAAAAUGGAUAUCUGUCUAUUCAAUUCAUGAAUAGAACCCGUAGAACCCAUAGAACCCAUAGUAGAGAAUAACUUAUUCAAUCAUUGUGUGGAUGUCAUUUAGAGAAUACAUUGUAUUAGUGACUUGUAUUAGUUUUGUUUUGUAUAUCGGUAUGUCCAACAGCGUUUGGGAGAUGUUCUGUUCUGUUUACAUAUACAGUAAAGCAGGGAUCAUCAACUGUACAUUACGAUUUUUUUCUUGAGUGGAUGGUCGGAGGGGCCGGAACCAGACCUGGAAUUUUGUGAUUUUAGGGGCAAGGCCAUUUGACCUACAAGAGGUGCCCAAUCUGUCAGGACACCAAGGCCAUCUGUCAGGACACCAAGGCCAUCUGUCAGGACACCAAGGCCAUCUGUCAGGACACCAAGGCCAUCUGCCAGGACACCAAGGCCAUCUGCCAGGACACCAAGGCCACCUGUCAGGACACCAAGGCCAUCUGUCAGGACACCAAGGCCAUCUGUCAGGACACCAAGGCCAUCUGUCAGGACACCAAGGCCAUCUGCCAGGACACCAAGGCCAUCUGUCAGGACACCAAGGCCAUCUGCCAGGACACCAAGGCCAUCUGUCAGGACACCAAGGCCAUCUGUCAGGACACCAAGGCCAUCUGCCAGGACACCAAGGCC